AUGCAUUUUGGACUCAGAGGUUGCAAAGAACACAGAGACAUGUGUUUGGGCGAUGUUAAGUUGAAGCAAACAGCAGACGGUGAGGAACUUUUAGAAUUUAAUGAAAGACAAACCAAAACAAGAACCGGUUCAGAUUGCCGUGAUGUCAGAAAAAUGGCGCCUAAAAUGUUUGCUACUGAUGGGUCGGAAAGAGAUCCUGUCGUGGUCUACAAACUUUACGAGCGGAAGAGACCAGGAAAAAUGAACGAGGAUGAUUCCCCUUUCUACCUAGCUGUGAACAACACAUUAAAGAAAGAGUCGCUUCAAACGAAAGAGUGGUUCAAGGCCGCUCCUGUUGGAAUAAACAAACUGAACAGUCUGAUGAAGACAAUGGCUCAAAAAGCAGGAAUCAACAACGAACGACUGCGAAAUCACAGCGGGAGAAAAAAAAUGAUUCAAACACUUAGCGAAAAUGAUAUUCCCCCGACACAUAUCGCUCAACUGUCAGGGCACAAGAAUUUAAAAAGCUUAGAAAGCUACAGCAAAGUGUCGAGCAAACAGGAAAUGCAAAUGUCCAAAGUUCUCAGUGGCUAUACAUCUGGUAGUGCAGCAAAGACAUCGUCUGAUAAAACAGUAAAUUCACCACCAACUUGCUCGCCCAUCUCCGAAGCACAACAAGCUAUGGCUUUAUUCAGCGGAGCUGUCAUUAAAGGCGGCAAUUUUUCCAUUAACAUAAACACAGUAAACCAGUCGCCCAAGCUCACAUUGGAACAAGAACCAAGCCAAAAUUCCACCAAAGAUGAAGCGUUGUCAAAAUGGAAGAGACUUAAACCUUUAGAGGACAGUGACGAUGAGUUUUAG